CGAAAUUGGGAUCCUUCAGAAAGCUUCUCUGUAUCGGGUUGAAAAGAUCUAGUCAGUUCUUCAAUUGGAUCUGCGAUUGGAGUUUUAGGGUUUCAAGAACACAUGGCUUCAAGAAUUGCAUCCAAAGACAUCAUCACUCUUCGGGGAUCAGCCGCCAUUGUCAGCGAGUUCUUCGGUUAUGCUGCAAAUAGCAUUUUAUACAAUCGCGGAGUGUAUCCAGAAGAGAGUUUUGCAAAGGUGAAGAAGUAUGGGCUUCCAAUGUUGCUCACUCAAGAUGAAGGUGUCAAAGCCUUCAUUUCCAACUUAACUGCCCAGCUUUCUGAGUGGUUGGAAGCUGGAAAACUACAAAGGACUGUUCUUGUGAUCAUGAGUAAGGCCACUGGUGAGGUGUUGGAGAGGUGGAAUUUCAGCAUAGAGACAGACAGUGAGGUUGUUGAGAAAGGCGUUCCAAGGGAGAAGAGCGACAAAGAAAUCAUGCGCGAAAUUCAGGCCAUCAUGAGACAAAUAGCUUCCAGUAUCACAUACCUCCCAUGCCUUGAGGAACCAUGCGUGUUCGAUGUGCUGGCCUACACGGAUAUGGACGUUGCAGUUCCGUUCACGUGGGUAGAGAGCGACCCGAAACUCAUAGAAAAUCCACAGAUGGUCAAGUUGCAUUCCUUUGACACCAAGAUACAUAAGGUUGACACUCUAGUGUCUUACAAGAAUGAUGAGUGGGAUGAGGCUUGAAGUGAAAAAACAACAGCCUUUCUGAGUUUAUGGUCUCAUUUGUUGUUCAUCUUCAAGUCUUGUUAUUGUUUUGCCCUAUUUGUUUCAAAUCAUGUGAAUUAUCAAUUCACAGUUUGCUUGUUUGUACUAUUAAUGUGAGAACCCAU